AUGGCUGAUACUAACGUGUUUGCAAAACAACAUUGUGAAAUAACAAAAUAUGAUGUGGAAUGUGUUCGGAAAUGGGGUGUGUCUAAACGAAUUACGCAUAUUAUUGAUUGCGAGGGUUAUUCAACACCGCGCUCUAAAAUAUUUUUGCGCGAAGUCUCAGUAUGGUGUCGGCAAACAAAGACGGUUUUAACAUACCACAUCUAUAUGCCUAAAAGAAUAUUUUAUGAAAAACAUAAGUGUGUUCAAUAUCAAAUAAAUAAGAUACAUGGCUUACCCAUAACAAGAUGUCGUGAUGGUCGGGAUAUUGACAUACCGGGAGAGUAUUAUCUGUACGAUGAAGUGUUGACAAACUUAAGACGGGUGUUUUGGAAUGCUGAUUUAAUCGGGUACAAGGGUGGUAUAAUUGAGCGUGAUUUAUUACGGGGUAUUGGUUAUGACGGUGUAAAUUUAGAACUAUUGGAAUGUCCGCGUUAUGAGACGUUAUUGACCAAAUAUGGUGCGAGACCGCAUACUUGUGGGAAACAUUUUGAGGGUUAUAAAUAUCACUGUAGCGGGCAUGAGGUAGUGCUUUUUGGACGGUAUUUAACAGAAUAUGCAGAAUAG